ACACACACACCUCACACACACACACACCUCCCAGACAGCGAGAAGGACCUGUAAGCAAAGACACAUGGAUCACGAGUCCGGCCUGCAGCGUCUUCAGAGGAAGAAGAGAUUCGUGCCGCGUGUCGUCUCCGCCUCCACAACAACGAUGAGGAGAGAUGAUGGAGCCACAGGCAUCACACCUUUACCUGAUGAACCGGAAGGUCAUUUACCAAAAAGAGAUGGUGACGAAGGAAGAAAAGGAGGCAAAGGAAAAGGAAGAGAGGGAAAAGGAGAAAGAAAAGGACAAACCCAAGGAGUUGUUUGUCAUCAACCCUGCUGGGAACUUGUAUUACAACUGGCUGUUCAUCAUCACCCUCCCCGUCAUGUACAACUGGACCGUGAUCAUCGCCAGGGCUAGCUUUGAGGAGCUGCAGCAUGACUACAUCAUGUACUGGGUUCCUUUGGACUACACCUCAGACGUCAUCUAUCUGGCGGAUAUGUUCUUCAGGACCCGAACAGGAUUCCUUGAGCAAGGCCUGAUGGUGAAAGAUAAGAAACUGCUACGCGAUCGCUACAUCAAUAGCUUCCAGUUCCGUCUGGAUUUCAUCUCCAUGCUGCCCACUGACUUCCUUUAUUUAUUCCUCGGCCUCGACUACCCAGAGAUCCGCCUCAACAAGCUGCUGAGAAUCAGCCGCUUGAUGGAGUUCAUCACGAGAACAGAAACUAAAACCAACUACCCCAACCUCUUCCGCAUUGGAAACUUGAUCAUGUACAUCCUCAUUAUCAUCCACUGGAACGCUUGCUUCUUCUUCUCUUUCUCCAAGUACAUUGGUUUUGGUGCUGACGACUGGGUGUACCCGGCUCUGGAUGAUCCUGAUCAGCCUGCGUUUGGGGAGUUUGGGAGGAAGUAUUCUUUCUGCCUCUACUGGUCCACUCUGACCCUGACUACCAUUGGGGAAACGCCACCUCCAGCACUGGACUCUGAAUUUAUCUUCCAUGUGGUUGACUUUUUAGUGGGGGUCUUGAUCUUUGCCACCAUCGUAGGAAACAUUGCCACCAUGAUCUCCAAUAUGAAUGCUGCCCAAACUCAGUUUCAGUCCCGAAUUGACAACAUCAAGCAGUACAUGCAGGUCCGAAAGGUUGACAAGGUUCUCGAGAUGCGAGUUAUCAAAUGGUUCGAUUACCUGUGGAAUAACGGCAAAGCACAGAAUGAAAGAGAGGUCCUGCGGUAUCUUCCGGACAAGCUCAAGGCUGAGAUCGCCAUCCAAGUCCACAUGGACACGCUCAGGAAAGUUCGUAUUUUUGCCGACUGUGAGGCCGGCCUCCUGAUCGAGUUGGUGCUCAAGCUGCAGCCACAGGUGUUCAGUCCUGGAGACUACAUCUGCAAAAAGGGCGACAUCGGCCGAGAGAUGUACAUCAUCAAAGAUGGAAAACUUGCAGUCGUUGCUGACGACGGCGUCACCCAGUUUGUGGUGUUGGGAAGUGGCAGCUAUUUCGGGGAGAUCAGUAUUCUUAAUAUUAAAGGCAGCAAAGCAGGCAACCGGCGAACGGCAAACAUCCGCAGCAUCGGAUACUCGGACCUCUUCUGCCUGUCCAAGGACGACCUGAUGGAGUCGCUGCUCGAGUACCCGGACGCCAAAGGCAUGCUGGAGGACAAAGGCCGGGAGAUCCUGAUGAAAGAUAACCUGAUAGAUCUGGACCCGGCGAACAUCAUGCCCGAGGCCAAGGAGCUGGAGGGGAGCGUCACCAAGCUGUACAGCACGAUGGAGCUGAUGCAACUCAAGCUGAAGAAGAGCCUGGGGAAGUACAAGAACACGGACACGGCUCUGAGACAUCGCAUCGCAUAUCUGGAGCACCGCACAGGAGAGGAAGUGGAAGACGAGGAUGAAGAGGAAGAAGAGAUGAAAAGGGAAGAGAAAGAGGUGGAAGCGGAAGAGAAGGAGAAAGAAGAAGAGGAAAAGGGUGAGGAGAUGAAAGAAGACAAAGAAGAAGGUGAAGAGGAAAAGAAGGAAGAGGCAAAAGAAGAGGAGAAAAGAUAAACUAUAGUUUCUGUAAAGUACUUUUAUAAUUAGACCCACAAAGACAUCUUACUGGACUUUCUUCUUCUGUACGAGACAAAGAAACAACUGGAGACACUGGCAGAAACACCCACUCAAAGAUAUCACCAUUGUGUUGCUUAUGACUGGUAUCCAUGGCGACCGAGGGGAAUGAGUGAGGCAUUCGACGUGCUGAUCGCGCUCCUGCAGAGACGAUAUGGUUCUGAUUAUAAUUCCUGUAAAUAGUGUCAGGACUUCUUGUCUCAUAGACAGUGAGAUGGGAUUCUGGUAAAUCAUGGUUCUGUAAUUGUACAACUGUCAAAGAACAUUCCACAAGCUUCAUGGUGGGUCCUGGUGUCAAAGCACAUUUUAACCCUAAGCCAUUUGGAACAUCUUAUAACACCCCUUAAAACGUUCACCUAUAGGUUCAUUUUAAACCAUCAUUACAAACUAGGCUGAUGCUUAACUGUCUUUGUUUUCUUGGUUAUUUUAUUUAAACAAGUGUGUUUGUGUAUUUAUUCUGCAUUAAUGAUGUUCUUUGGUCUGGACAUGAUUGAAAAUAAUGCACACGCUCAAUGUUCCCUGGAAAUGUAAAUCCUCUAUUCCCAACCCUGCAGUACACACUGUUGUCCACACAGGGGCGGUAUUUAGCAGUGACUCACAUGGUAUGCAGGAACUCUAAAGCACAAAGGUUAUACUAAACAAACAAAUUAAAAGAAUAGAAAAUAAUUAAUACAGACAAAUACAACUCUCAAAAAUAGAGCUCCUACAACCUCAUGUCUUUAGCAUCUUGUUCCCAAGAGGAGCCCCAAAUAAAAUGUAUUACUAUUA